GCGCCCGUUUUUGCCCCCUUCGCUGAAUUGCCGUCUCCUCCCGGCUCCGUGGCGGGCCAUGGGUGGGAGUGUAACGCCGCUCCCACGUGACCGGCGUGUUCAUGCAAAAUGGCGGCGCCCAGGGGUACUGUUGGUAUGUUGCGGCUGUUCACGGGCCAUGUGACAGGCUGUCAGCGUGUUUUCUGCUCAUCAGUUAAUCAUAUCUACUUAUACCAGUCAAGCAUUCAUCAAAGAAGAUACCUUUUUCGUCACAAACAGAAAAAUGCUUAUAAGGUAGUUUGGCCAGCUGAUGUUUCUCCUCCUCAUCCAGUUCCUAAGCAUAUAAAGCAGCCAGACUAUGUGACGACAGGCUCUCUGCCUGACAUGGGAGACGAAAUAGACCUUAAGAAUGAAGAUCAGAUUCAACGGCUUCGUCAGGCUUGUCAGCUGGCCCGUCAUGUCCUGCAUCUGGCUGUGAGAAGUGUAAAGGUUGGCAUGACUACAGAAGAAAUAGAUUAUUUGGUUCACCAUGAAAUAAUCAAGCACAAUGGUUACCCGUCACCUCUAGGAUUUAAAGGUUUUCCAAAAUCUGUGUGUACUUCAGUAAACAACGUGGUAAGCCAUGGAAUUCCUGACAGCCGCCCUCUCCAGGAUGGCGAUAUUAUUAACAUUGAUGUCACAGUGUUUCUUAACGGCUACCAUGGUGAUACAUCCGAAACGCUGCUAGUGGGGAAUGUGGAUAAAGCUGGUCAAAAGUUAGUGGAGGUUGCCAGGAAAUGCAGAGAUGAAGGAAUUGCAGUUUGCAGACCUGGGGCUCCUUUCUCUGUAAUUGGAAACACAAUCAGCAACAUUGCCCAUCAAAAUGGUUUUCAAGUCUGCCCUUACAUUGGUGGUCAUGGGAUAGGAACGAACCUACAUAGUAAUCCUGAAGUUUGGCAUCAUGCAAACGAAAACAAUGUAUUAAUGGAGAAGGGAAUGGCAUUCACAAUAGAGCCUGUAAUAAUGGAAGGAUUGACUGAAUGUUAUCUCCUGGAUGAUGAUUGGACUCUGAUAAGCGCAGACCUCAGAAGAUCAGCCGUGUUUGAGCACACCAUCGUCAUUACAGACAAAGGAGCAGAAAUCCUGACCCUCCUGGCUGAGGAAACUUAAGAGCCACCAGCUGGCAGAAGAACCUUUUUCCUGUGGUGCUCCCGGGAGAAGCUGGCACGAAGGGGCUGUAUCAACCCAUUUAUUUAUUUAGGGGAGCUGCUUUCUUGCAGGAUCCUCAAAGGACACUAAUGUAAAGUGGAUAAUCUGUGAACAAAGCAUGUAGCCUCUUCUACUCCACAACCAUUAUAUAUAUAUCGAUUCCCAAACUUGGGUAUGGCUAGCUGAUGAGAGCUAAAUAGCUUGAAAUAGA